AUGCACGAUGAAUCUAUCCUCAAAGUCCGGAUCACCAAUGUCGACUACUCGCAACAAGUGCCAGGACCGCUCGACAGGACCGAAUCGAUAUUCGCGACGCUGAACAAGGUCCCCGUGCUGAACGUCUUUGGUCACACCUCUGCCGGGCAGAAGGCGUGUGUGCAUAUUCAUAAUGUCUUCCCUUAUCUGUAUAUCGAAUACAAGGGAGAGCUUGACCCCGGGUCUGUGAACAAGUUCAUUAACCGGCUAGGUCGAAAGCUGAACCACGCAUUGACCUUGGUCCUUCGCCGCAACCCCUACGUACAGAACACACCCCAGCACAUCGUAGCCAUCCUGCCUGUCAAAGGCGUGCACUUCUAUGGUUUCCAUCAUCGGCGCUCCAUCUUCCUCAAGAUAAUGUUCUCCGAUCCUCGGCUGAUCCGCAAAGUCCAGCUCCUGCUCGAGAGCGGCGCGAUAUGCGAGAAGGCGUGGCAGACGUACGAGAGCCAUGUGGACUACAAGCUGCAAUUUAUGUGUGACUUUAAUUUGUAUGGCUGUAAUUGGCUCGAGGUUGCAGACUGCAGGUUUCGGGAACCGUUGCCCGAGCCUCCGGAGUACGACAUCCCAGUAUCAUCGAUCGCACCUCAUAUGAUACCCUGGAACUCUGCGAACACGCCUCCAGAGCUGAUGCAUUCCGUCCAGCCCAUCCCUGUUCGCUCAACAAGGUCCUACAACGUUCUCGAACUAGAUAUCUGCGCAUGGGACAUCCUCAACCGUCAUGCUCUCACUGCACGUCCUAUCGCGUCCCGACUCGCUCCCCCGUUCUCCGGUGCUGGGAACCCUGAUGAGCUCUUCGUGCACAGCGUCCGUGAGCUGUGGGAAGACGAGCGCCGCCGACGCAGCGCAAAAGGUAUGGAUCCCACACCCCCAAGACCUAAGGACGCUACCCGGACAAUCGAUCCAGAGCGAACCCGAUGGGUCGCGUCGGAGAGGUUUUGGGCAGAGGUAGAUGCCCGUAUCGACAGGGAGAAAGACAAGAUCGGGAGGGUCGGUCCGGACGACGAGCUCAAGGUUAUACCCUGGGAAGCUUGGCUCAUGACGCCAUUCGAGAGUGUGGAGGCGUUGUUCCCCCGAGAACACCAGCGACAGCGCCAACGAAGACGGGAAAAACAAACCGAAGCUGUCAAUGCUGCUGAAGACGAUUGGAGUCAGCGUGGUGAUGUUGAGAAUGAGGCUGAGGAUGACGCGAAAUGGGCUGGUAGCCAAUUGCUUCAGCGCGCUGUUGAAGAAGCGCAGGGUGUUGAGGAUGAAUGGAUCCAGGAUCCGGAACGGCAGGUUGAGGAAGAGGAGGAAUGGGAAAGCGGUUACGAUCCACCUCCGGCCCAACCGAGAACACCCCUGAAAUCUCAACGGACGGCGCCAGUUCGCUCCAGGUCAGGAACUCCGACAAAGAGUGGAAAAGUUUCUCCUGUAAAUGGCGACAAGGGCAAUGGUCAUGCUAAGCGUCCCAAUCUAUUUGCUACGCCCAGCCGUGAUCACACGCCAUAUCGAUCUUCUCCUCUGAAGAACGGUGUGCGAACCAUUGAGCAAGAAGAACGAGAAGGAAGCAUCCCUGUACUCCCUCAGAAUUCGCCAGACCCUUGGAUUACUUCCCCUGAAAAGGAGAUGACUCUCAAAAGGGGUGUCCAUUUUGAUGGCGAGGAGAGACCACCCAAACGGGCACGUAUUGAAGAAGCUGAUAAUGCUGUGGUCGACCCUUGGAUAGUCUCUCUCGAUAGCUUCACCAGCUCGGAGGAUGCGGCGCCUACCUGUUCCCCAGUGGCUACUCAGAGAGAUCCAACAAAGCCCCUCAGCUCGUCAGCUUACACGUACGGCUUCAUGCCUCCGACACGCGUAGAUGUCAUGGAGACUCUUUAUCCUCACAAGAUGUACACCGAUCCGCACUAUUCAAAUCGCUUCGACGUGCCAGAGAGAGCUAGAGAGUAUGCUGGGAGGAUGUUCAAGCUUGCCUGGGGUGGACGGGUGUCGGAAUUUGAGACUACAACUCAAAUAUUUGACAUGCUGUCGGAUGAGAUCGUGCUGCCCACAAUUACAUCGGCUUGGGAGUUUGCAAGUCGUGCCCCGACUCACCGCGAAGUCGAGAAUUGGUUAGCUGACCCUGCCAACAUGGACAAGGAGCUGACGCAUGCCAUGAAACGACGAAAGCAAGCACAAUCACAGCUUGAUGGAAUGACACCAGCCAAAGGUUACGGAAUACGCGCGACCAUGCAUAGACCAUCAGAGUUUUCCACCAGAGAGAAACAAAAUAUGUCGGUUCUUGCUGUGGAAAUAUUUGCACGAUCUCGAGGACGACUUCUUCCCGAUCCGGCCGAAGAUGAAAUCUCUAUGGUGGCAUUCGCAUUCCAGGACGAUGCGGGCGAAGGUGGCCGGGACACAUAUGAAGUUGGCUUGAUACUUGUGGCAAAUCCUCAAGUGGAUGCGACCCGCCUUCGUGACCUAGCUAGCGCAAAUGUCGAUAUGGUCGAUGCUGAAAGUGAACUGAUCAAUAAACUCAUUGAUCGGGUUUUGGACUGGGAUCCAGACGUUCUCACUGGAUGGGACGUGCAGUCGUCUUCCUGGAGCUACCUUGCUGGUCGUGCGAAACAGUACGGUGUGGAUCUCAGCGAUCAGAUUUCCCGUGUCAUGUCACCCCCUAGCCGCAAUGGGCAAGAUCGUUGGUCCCUAACACAUACUUCAACUUUCAGAGUAUCUGGGCGUCAUGUCAUCAACGUUUGGCGACACUUACGAAAGGAAUUAACACUGACUAGUUACACAUUCGAGAAUGUGGCUUUUCAGGUACUGAAGCGACGAAUGCCUCUAUACCUCGCAAGCACUCUCACUCAAUGGUUCCAUAGUCCUGUGCCUUUGCACACUGCACAGCUAAUUGACUACCUGUUGGAGCGAACUGUGACAGUCAUUGAGAUUUUAGAUGAGACGGAACUAAUAACAAAGACUGCAGAAUUUGCUCGUGUCUUUGGUGUAGAAUUCUUCUCUGUUCUAGAGCGUGGCUCUCAGUACAUGGUCGAAUCUUUUAUGUUUCGGAUCGCCAAACCAGAGAAUUUCGUCUUGAUUUCCCCUUCAAAGGAACAGGUCGGACAACAAAACGCUGCUGAAUGUGUUCCCCUCAUUAUGGAGCCGCAGUCCGCAUGCUAUAAAGGGCCUCUCGUUGUGCUCGACUUCCAAUCGUUGUACCCCUCGAUCAUGAUCGCGUACAAUUAUUGCUAUUCUACUUGCCUGGGAAGGGUACGCAAUUUCAAGGGUAAAAGCAAGUUCGGUGUUACGGACCUUAGCAUACCCCCCGGCGUUCUGGAGCUGUUGAAAGACGAUAUCACAAUAUCUGCUAACGGCAUGAUGUUUGUCAAAGACCACGUGCGCCGAAGUCUUCUAAGCAAAAUGCUUAGCGAGCUGCUGGACACGCGCGUUAUGGUUAAACAAGGCAUGAAGACAGCGAAGGGCGACAAGUCCCUUCUGCGCCUUUUGAAUGCCAGACAGCUGUCGCUGAAGUACAUUGCCAACGUGACUUACGGCUAUACCAGCGCCAGCUAUUCGGGCAGGAUGCCUGCGGUUGAAAUUGCAGACGCUAUCGUUCAAUCCGGUCGAGAAACCUUGGAGAAAGCUGUGCAUCUGAUCAAUAGCACUGCUAAGUGGGGAGCGAAGGUUGUCUAUGGGGAUACGGAUUCUCUGUUUAUUUAUCUUCCUGGGCGCACCAAGGAUGAAGCGUUCCAAAUUGGUCAUGACAUGGCCGACACAAUUACCUCGCUCAAUCCGGCUCCAGUCAAGAUGAAAUUCGAAAAGGUUUAUUUACCCUGUGUGCUCAUGGCCAAGAAACGCUAUGUGGGCUUCAAGUAUGAAAACCCCGAUGACGUCCAACCUGAAUUCGAUGAUAAAGGCAUUGAAACCGUACGCCGUGAUGGUUGUGCGCUCACUCGAAAGAUGGUGGAGGCAUCCUUGAGGAUCCUGUUCAACACGCAAGAUUUGAGCGAAGUGAAGGAGUAUUGCCGAAGACAAUGGUCCAAAAUUCUUGAGGGUCGACUACCCAUCCAGGAUUUCAUUAUAGCCAAAGAAGUUCGGUUAGGGACAUACAUCGAGGGCGCCGCACCUCCGCCUGGGGCAGCUGUUGCGGCCAUGAAGGCAGUCAAAGAUCCUCAAGCCGAGGCACAGUACGGCGAGCGCGUCCCAUAUGUCAUUAUGCGAGGCGAGGGCCGUCGUUUAGUUGAUCGAGCCAUCAGCCCAGAAGUUUUACUGCGGAAUCGUGACCAGCGAAUAGAUCCAAUCUACUAUAUAACCCGUCAAUUGAUCCCCCCUCUCGAACGCAUUUUUAACCUUGUGGGAGCCGACGUCCAAGCCUGGUACGAUGACAUGCCGAAGAAGCUCCGCGCCAAUCGGGCCGACUCUGUUGUCGUUAUCCCCAGACGAGACAAGGACGUAAAGACAUCCAAAGCAAGCGCUUCUACAAUAGAACGGCACUUCCGGAGUAAUCUAUGCCUUGUCUGCGAGGAACAAACGGACUCAGCUGUCUGCCCUUCGUGUCUGCGGGACCUGCCAACCACGCUUUACUCGCUCAACACGCGCAUGCACCUAGGCGAGCAGCGCCUACGUGACACACAACAAAUCUGCGCCAGCUGUACUGCGUCCCCGCCCGGGGAGCCAAUUCGAUGCGAGUCUCUGGACUGCGAAUGGUUGUACGAACGUGUCAAGGCUGAGGAAGAAGCAUCGGCUUUUGCUGAGAUCCCCAAAUUAAUUGAACAGUUGUGUGUUUAG